AUGUCAACUCCAACUUCAACAACAACGAACCCCGAAUACAAGUUGGGCGGCACCAAGCCUGAUAGACCAUUCACCAUCAUAACUGGACAUAGUGGUCGGUACUAUCUCACCGAAAAUGACGAGUCAUUCUCACAAUGCGAUACAUCUCUCCUCAUUCCCUCCAGUCAAAAUGCCACCCCCGCUGCCGCUGCCACUUCCAGUACUGGGGUUGACCAAAUUGAGAAGAGGGUCAUUCGAGCAAGAUCCGACGACUUGCCUGAACUAUGGUACGUCAAUGAUCGAGAUGAUCAAACGUAUAAGAUGGGGUUCUACGUAUCUGUUCAGACCGACCGGGCAAAUGGUGGUGCAAUUUACGGGUGUAGAGUCCAUGGUCAAUCGUCUAUUGAUCAAGUUGAUCAACUGCGAUUGGAACGAGAAGAGUGGAUCAAUGAAAUGAGUAUUCCGGAGAUCAAGGACAAUACCAAGGUUGAGAAGGAUAUGAUGUCGAUGAUGAGAAGUAAAUUAGGGUUGAUGUGGGAUUAUACAAUUAUGCCUGAAAUAACUUCCAGGAAUUACUAUCUCCUUCAAGAUUCUCAAACUCAAUCUUCUGUGCUUGAUAAAUACGAGGUUGAUGAUACCUCACAAACAAGUAAUGGUGCGGUCAUCAACAGAUCAAAUGAUAAGUACGAAACCACUUUUACAGAACAUGCAAAUGGUAAUUUAGAUAUCACCACGACCUUUAACUUCGAUUCCGACUACAAACCAUCAAAUACAGGGGAGAUGAAAAUCAAGACUCGAUCUACGAAGGAUGAUAUAUCAAUGGCGAGAAGUAGAGAUGAAUGGAUCAACAAAGUAUACAACAGGGGUAACGUCGAGACUGAUACUGUUACUGAUCGCUCUGUCUCUGUCGAAAAACAAAUCAGCUCACUUGCUGAUGACACUGACGAUCCGAGAUUGAAAGAUCAUCUGAUCCAAAGAAGUAAAAGCGCUUUAGGUCAUUUACACGAUUUGAAAUAUUAUCAAGCUCGUCAAUAA